AUGUCCAACAGUCCUGGAGAUGUCGGCCUAGAGCUCAAGGCAGAAUGGAUCCUCACAGAAAAUUUUCAUGAAAAGUUUGGGUCCGAGCCUGAAAAAUGGCCCAGUGCUUGUACAAUUACACUCGACCGCUUUAUCUACCGCCCACCACAAAUAACUGAACGCUUCUACGAGUCGGUGAAAAAUUGCAACUUCGUUCAACAGAAAACGGCAGAAAAUACGUGA